AUGGAAGUCAUUCACUUUGGCACGUUGGCAGUGUUGAUUUUACUGCUAAGCUUCGCAUACUUUUAUUUCCGCCUGUUCAUCCAGGGCAAUGGGCCAACGUCACUUCCAUGUGCACCUCUGGGCGAUCGAGGACUAUGGGCUCUGAUUUGUUCUCCUAUUCGCACAAUGCCAGAUCUGCGCAGAAGUAUCGCUCAGUACCUCGCGAUCGAGUCUCACAAGACGCAGCCCUUCCUUCUCUCCACUUUGCUAUCCGGUCAGACGGUGAUACUCCCUGCAAGUGACCUCAAAUGGAUAUGUGCUCAGCCCAAUGACAUACUGUCAUUCAUCGAAAUGAACAAUGACCGAUUUCACCUUCGCGCCACGCUUCCGAGCGCUGCACGCCACGAGCCCAAAACUCUCGACAAUCUUUUACCCAGAUUUACGAAAUCCACGAUCCCGGCGCUUCAUGAAGAGCUGCUGUCUGCGAUCGUAGACGUCGAUGUCAAAGUCACAGACCAAUGGAGCCCUCUGUGUGUACCGAAGCAGGUCACUCCGAUCCUUGCUGCUAUGGCCAACCGCAUGAUUGUGGGAUUGCCUUGUUGCCGCGACAAGAAAUAUCUCGAUCUGGUCAUCUCUAUGGGUGCAUGGAUCCUCCCGGCAGCACUCGUCAUACGAUUGAUCCCAGGUCUCAUACAGCCAGCUAUCAAAAGAGUUGUUCGUCUCGCGUUACAUUGGUGCCUUUACCGCAGCCUGGAAGAGCGAAUCUUCCCCAUGGUCGCCGACAAACUCGCAAGAACCAAGCAUCCGGACCGCGAGCCUGAUAGAGAUAACACUUUGUUGCAGUGGUACAUUGAUGCCCUCCACAAGGGUGAUGGUGACCAAGCGACGCAGUCUCCCAGGUUUAUAACGUCGUAA